UUAACUUUUUAACGUUAACGUUUCUGACGUAGCGCCAGCGCAGAAUCGGCCUACGCAAGAUUCUCUGCGCACACUUCCACAACAAACAUGGCGGACGAUCACACAGACGCAGAGCAGUCCAUGGAGACACACACACCGGUCUCUGAAAACCCUCAUGCAGACUUCGGCCUGACGGAGAACCUCCAGAGGACGGUGGAGAACGAGAAGGUGGGCGUGGAGAAGCUCUCCAAGCAGAAGGUGGACCUGCAGGCACUCCCGACCCGGGCCUACCUGGACCAGACCGUGGUUCCCAUCCUGCUGCAGGGCCUGUCGGUGCUGGCCAAGGAGAGGCCUCCGAACCCCAUCGAGUAUCUGGCGGCGUUCCUCCUGAAGAACAAGUCCCAGUUUGAGGAGAGGAAUUAGAGCCUCCGCCACCGUUUGUUUACCACCUCCUUUUGUUUUUGUAGAAUCCAGAAUAAAGAUGUUCGUGUGAAAAA